UUAAAACAUAAGGAAAUUCCUAUAAAUCUCACAAAAAAAACACCGAAAACAUUAUUUUUUAUUAUUACAAUUGUUUUAAAAGCAUAUGCAAUUAAAUAACUCACAUAUAAUGAUAUUUAAUUUGUUAGCCCGGGCUCUCGAAACCGGAAGGGAUGUUUGUGCAAGGUUUUAGCUAACCCGACGUAAUUCACCUACUGCCGCUAAUUUAGCAGGCUAGUCUGUUUGCAUGUCUCCAGGUCGGCUAAUAUUUUUGAUGCACUGGCGUUAUACGCGUGUAUGUGUGUGUAAUCCUAAAGACAUGCACGCGUGUGUUUAAUAGGCGGGCGUCCUGCCGGCACGUUUAACCAAAGGUGAAGAGCAACAAUGCUGUGCUGGGGAAAUGCCUCCUACGGACAGCUAGGCUUGGGUGGCAUUGAUGAGGAGAUUGUGGUUGAGCCACGAAAAUGUGAAUUCUUCCACGGGAAGCAAGUGUGUGACGUGGGGUGUGGCCGCAGACACACGGUUUUCGUGCUGGAGGAUGGGACGGUGUACACCUGUGGCUGCAACGACCUGGGUCAGCUGGGACACGAGAAGUCCAGAAAGAAACCAGAACAGGUUGUGGCCCUGGACGCUCAGAUCAUAGUUGCAGUGUCAUGUGGAGAGUCCCACACUCUGGCCCUGAACGACAAAGGACAGGUUUUCUCAUGGGGCUUAGGUUCAGACGGACAGCUGGGAUUAAAUAACUUUGAGGAAUGUAUUCGAGUGCCUAGAAAUAUCAAGACUUUGUCAGACGUACAAAUUGCUCAGGUAGCCUGUGGGCACUGGCACUCUCAUGCACUUUCGAGAGGGGGCCAAGUCUUCUCCUGGGGCCAGAAUCGAUACGGUCAACUCGGGCUAGGAAGUAACGGGCAGAGCAUUCCCACGCCCCAGAUCAUUCAGUCUCUGCAGGGCAUUCCUUUUGCUCAGAUAUCAGCAGGUGGUGCUCACAGCUUCGCCCUCACUCUCUCAGGGGCGGUGUUCGGUUGGGGCCGCAACAAGUUCGGUCAGCUGGGUCUCAAUGACAGCAACGAUCGGUAUUUCCCAACCCUUCUGAAAUCCCUUAGAUCGCAGAGAGUGAUUUACAUCUCCUGUGGAGAAGAUCACACAGCAGCACUCACCAAGGAAGGAGGCGUGUUUACAUUUGGAGCAGGAGGAUACGGACAGCUCGGGCAUAACUCUACAAACCAUGAGAUCAAUCCCCGGAAAGUGUUUGAGCUCAUGGGAAACGUGGUCACACAGAUUGCGUGCGGAAGACAGCACACGUUGGCUUUCACCCCCUCCUCUGGAAAGAUGGAUUCCUUCGGGCUUGGAGGAAACGGGCAGCUCGGUACACGAUCCACCUGCAACAGAAAAAGCCCCGCCCCGGUCAAAGGACCCUGGGUAGCCUUGAAUCCUUUAACAGAUGCAGGAGAGGAAAUCUCAGAGCAGAACUGUUGUGUCAAGAGGAUUUAUGCGGGGGGAGAUCAGAGCUUUGCUCACUAUUGCACUGCCAAUAAUCUCCACAGCAUGGACGACGUGAGGAUACACGAUCACCAACGAAAGAUUUGCUGCUUGAACGAGGACAUCAUACAAAAAUGGUUGAACUACUCCCCAGGAAGACUCCCGCUAGAAAUCUCCAAUGAGAUUGACCUCGUGUUCUCCUCAGCGAGCAGCCUCAACGGAUCCUUCCUCUCGACGAGUCAUCCAGAUCACUACAGUACCAGCAGCAAAUGUUCAGGGGUGGAUAUGAACACGGCUCGGCUACUUCUCCACAGACUGGUCCAACAAGACCACCCCGAGAUCUCCCAACUGAUUGCUGCCAGUUUGGAAAAGAAUCUAAUUCCCAGACUAAGCAACUCUCCUCCAGACAUUGAAGCUCUGAGACUCUACCUCACUCUUCCAGAAUGCCCUCUCUUCAGCGACCGAAACAAUUACGUGACCAUCUCCAUCCCGUUUGCUAAAUCCCUCAUCAGCCUGAAAGAGGCUCCGCGGAAAGUAUUAGGCAACUGGUGGUCUACAUUCGAGCCGCCAGUCUUCCAGCGGUUGGUUGAGUUGUACAAGGAGGUGGUGGUUUAUCUGCUUCAGAUGCACAAGGUGGGCAUUCCCUCGGUGGAGCAGAGAAUUUUCACCUGUUUCCUGGACACGUCCCUCCGACUCCUGGAGAUGCUGCACACGGUGAGUGAGAGAGCGGGACACGUCAUUCAGUACGACAAGUUCUACAUUCACGAGCUGGACAACCUGAUAGACAUCAGAAAUGACUACGUCACGUGGAUUCAGAGGCAGAUGUACCCAAUGGGUCACGACGGUGUGGUGACUCUGUGUAGGUAUCCCUUCGUUUUUGACGCUCAAGCGAAGACCACCCUGCUUCAGACUGAUGCGGUCAUACAGAUGCAGAUGGCAGUGGACCAGGCACAGAUGCAGAACUUCAGCUCCAUGUUCUUGCCAGCAGUGGAAUCUGUGAACCCGUGCCUCAUCCUCAUCGUUCGGAGGGAAAAUAUCGUCGGGGACACCAUGGAAGUCCUGAGGAAAUCCAAGAACGUUGACUACAAGAAACCGCUCAAGGUGAUAUUUGUUGGAGAGGAGGCCGUCGACGCAGGAGGAGUGAGAAAGGAGUUCUUCCUCCUGAUCAUGAAAGAGCUGCUGGAUCCAAAAUAUGGGAUGUUUCGCUACUACGAGGAAUCCAGGCUCAUCUGGUUUUCAAACAAGACCUUCGAGGACAUCGACUUGUUCAACCUCAUCGGCGUCAUCUGUGGCCUGGCCAUCUACAAUCUGACGAUAGUGGAGCUCAACUUCCCCGUGGCCCUUUACAAGAAGCUUCUGAAGAGGAAGCCAACGCUGGAUGACCUGAAGGAGCUGAUGCCAGAUGUGGGAAGGAGUCUGCAGCAGCUACUAGACUACACAGAAGAUGACCUUGAGGAAACCUUCUGCUUGAAUUUCACAAUCACAGAAGAAAACUAUGGUGCCACUGAAGUCUUUGAGCUGAUACCCAAUGGUGAAGACAUCAAUGUCAAUAAAUCGAACAGGCAGGACUUCGUCAACGCCUAUGUAGACUACAUUUUCAACUCGUCUGUGGCUCCGCUGUUCGAGUGCUUCUACGCCGGCUUCCACAAAGUGUGCGGUGGGAAGGUUUUGGAGCUGUUUCAGCCGAACGAGCUGCAAGCCAUGGUCAUUGGAAACACCAACUAUGACUGGACGGAGCUGGAAAAGAGUACCGAGUACAAAGGGGAGUACUGGACGGAUCACCCCACCAUCAGACUCUUCUGGGAGGUGUUCCACAAUCUUCCUUUAGAGAAGAAAAAGCAGUUUCUCUUGUUCCUCACAGGAAGUGACCGCAUACCCAUCUUGGGCAUGAAAAGCCUCAAACUGGUGAUCCAGCCCACUGGUGGAGGGGAGCAUUAUUUACCCGUUGCCCACACCUGCUUCAACCUGCUGGACCUGCCCAAGUACACAACUGUGGAGACACUCCGUGAGAAGCUUUUACAGGCCAUAGAUCACAAUCAAGGCUUUAAUCUUGCCUGAUAGCAUACAGAAAUGCCUAGAAUCCCACAUUUACCGUUGAUGGCAACCACAUUCCUAAAUGAUUUAUUUAACAGCGCACUGGUUGGAAGGAGGUGGCCACUGACUUUCACAUUCAUGCUAUCUCGGAUUUUUCUCUCUUUUUUUUUGGCAAUCACUGUAUUCAGCGUCGUACUACAAAUAGAUUCACAUUUGAUAUAUGCUCUUGUAGAUAUGCUUUUAUUCAUGUUUGAAUAUGACAAGAAUGAUGAAGCAAACUACUACUGGUGUAUACAGUACAGGGCUUGCACACACCAGCGUAAACUCCUGUAAAAUACAGUGACGUGCAGCAUCAAUACCUUUAUGAAGCUUAUAAUCUAAUGUCACGUCCGCAGUGGUUGAAAGAUUCAUCAAAAAGGCCCGUUUUAAAUUAAAUCCACACAAAAGCACCAUUUUAAAAUGGACUCUGGUACUAGUUUCUGCAUGGCCGUUGCAGCAGAUCAGUGUAUUUUACAGGAGCUUCCUGUUUGGUGUUAUCCCCUGAGAGUUGAAUGUCUGAAUCUACACAAUGUAAACUGAAUCUCUUCAUGUUUGACACAAGUUCUGUUGUGACAUUUGAUUGAGCGCGGUGUGAAGAGUUUGCUUUAGAUGCUGGAUUGUGGAUUUUCUCGGCCGUGCGCCUUUAAAAGAAUUCCACAAAUAAAAACAGCCACUGAAAUAAAGAUUUUGGGGGUAA